AUGUUAGCAAAGUCAUCUCUGCCGCUGAGACUUGCGGCAGUCCUGCCUUCGGGCUUGAGCCUCCGUGCGUACCACGUGUCAACACCACCCACGUCGACCUCGGCUCUCUUCGCGCCAUCACCAGGGAAUGAGGAGGAGCCUACCUCUUGUGAGUCCCAUUUUCUCGCAGUGUCUUCUCCUGGAUAUGGCGACAUUAGAGAGGUCUUGAUCUACGCGAUCGAAGUUCUGAUCUUCACCACCAAAUCUCUCACCACUUUAUUCGUCUCCAAAGCCGACUCGUCAGGGUUCUCAACUCGACUGGACAACCCAAAAGGCUCACCUUCGGUUGUUGCGGUCCUCACUUCAGCUUUCGUAGAGUAUUUGCUCGAAGCUCGUCUGGCCAGUUCAAGAGUGGUGCUUUCUCUUUUUGCGCGCGCGCAGAGACAAUACCUAUUCCCUGGCAGUUCCGAAAAUGCGGGCAAACACGUACUCGACGACCGACACCUAAUUAAAUGGUGGUGCCGAAUCUUCGACCGGAUCCUACGGCAUCCCAGAGACAAUUCGACGGCCACGGCCCAUCUUCUGGUUCCUGGGUGUGACAAAGGCGAGACCAAAGCAUUCUUCCCCCCUUCAACUCGUGCAGAUCCACCGGCUAGGCCGAAAUGGAUCAACUCAUAUCCUGUCGACCUCAUGGUGACAAAUACAUCGUUGCCUCCAAGACACUUGGUCCCACGCCUACCGGACGACCCAAAGGCACGUUUUCUAGAUGAUCUGGAUGGGGAGUUUGUCGACGAGCGGGGGAAUUGGCGAAGUGUGAAGGAUCUCACUCAGUUUUGGGAGUUUAUGUCUUACAGGCAGGAAUGCUCCGCUGGCAGGCUGGUUGGAUUUCUGUGGUUGGUCUUCUCCCACGACCAAGCCAAGUAUGCAGCUUCUAGUGAGCUUCAGCAAUCUGAACACACGCCGAGGCCGAGUAAGCCAAUGGCGCAGCCAAGUCUUCUGACCCCCGGCAACUCUCAGCAACUGGAGCAUGGUGCUCCAGAAUUUGGCCCGCAGGAUUCAUCGACCCUCAAUACACUCCCAACCCUCCACUCACCACCUCCGUCUUCACCACUUCAGCAAGAGCCAGGGCCGAUAGGGUCGCAGGACUUCCAAGACCGAGUCGAUGCUCCUGCUGCACCUCCGCUGACAGAGGGGUCAUCAUUGCCCGUGGUCGACCAAACGCGGGGCGAGAUCGUGUUUGACGCCGCUCAAUAUCAGGCAUUGAUGGACUAUCUUCUGCAGACUGACUUUACUGGAGAAGAAGCUGCUGUGGAAGCCAGCAGAAGCUGGAUUGACAGAGCUCUGGAACUGUCUAGGGCCACAUCCUUUGGCCAACCGGUGCUGGGAUGUGCCACCCCGGUCUUGGCGCAGUCCGCUCCGGCCGUCGAAGCGUCAUCGGCCCCAAUCAACGUGCUGACUGGUGUCCGCAAGAAGAGGAAAGCCGAUGUUGUUGAAGACGCCUCGGUUCGAUCUAAUGGAGUAGAAAUAGCUGGAGCGGCAGCAAUUAAUACGCUGGCUGCCGGUCUGGUUAGGAAGAAGACUAAAAGUUGA